CAGCACUGUAUCAGAACAAGUGUGAACAUGGAACUAAAGGCACCAUGGGGGGAUGUGUUUUGAAGGGCUGAAAAGAAGAAGAAAGAUUAAAACACAGGAAGCAGGAAGUGUGUUCUGUGAUAUCAUACCAGUCAUCAUCAGUUUGUGUGCGUGCGUAUUUGUAUGUGUGUGUGUGUGUGUGUGUGUGUGUGUGUGUGCAUGCUCCGGUAGAGUGUAGGUGUGAAAUCAACCGGUGACCUGUACUAUGAGUUAAGGACAAUGUCUCUGAAACUACCUCGCAACUGGGACUUCAGCACAUUCAAGGCUGAGAUAGCACGAUCCAAGAGUGUGACACCUGGAGAGGGAGGCCCCGGCCUGGGCUUGCCACACUCCUCCAGGUCCAUGGAGAGGCCACUGAAGGCCGGCUGGCUCAAGAAACAACAGAGGUCUUUAGUCAAGAACUGGCAACAGCGCUACUUUGUGCUGAGAGGAAGCACACUGACCUACCACAAAGAUGACAAGGAGACCACUGUCCAGGGAGUCAUUCAGCUGCGGUUCAGUAAAGUUAAUGAAAUGCCUCCAAAUUCUGAUGACCCGGGGAAGUACCUCUUUGAGAUCAUACCACGUACAACUGGAGACAGAGUGCGAUAUCCGUAUGUGCUCAUGGCAAACUCCCAGAGUGACAUGGAGGAGUGGGUUCGCACUCUCCGCAGGGUCAUCGGAGUACCAACAAGUGGAGUGUUUGGAAAAAGUCUCAUGGACACUGUAACAUAUGAGCAACGUUUUGGGCCUCACAUGGUGCCCAUUCUGGUGCAGAAGUGUGUGGAGUUCAUUAAAGAACAUGGGCUGAAUGAGGAGGGCAUCUUUCGCCUCCCAGGGCAGGACAAUGCCGUAAAACAGUUCCGAGAUGCCUUUGAUGCAGGAGAAAGGCCCUCCUUCCCCAGUGACACAGAUGUCCACACGGUGGCAUCACUGCUCAAACUGUACCUGAGGGAGCUGCCAGAGCCUGUGGUGCCCUGGACUCAGUACCAAAACUUCCUGGACUGCACCAACCAGCUGGACAGCAGCAGCACAGAGGGUUGGGAAAAGCUGGAGAAGCAAAUUGCUCUUCUCCCCAGAAUCAACUACAACCUUCUUAGUUACAUCUGCCGGUUUUUGUUUGAGGUGCAGCAGCAUUCCAACCUGAAUAAGAUGAAUGUGGAGAACCUGGCUACAGUGAUGGGAAUCAACCUGCUAAAACCUCAAAUAGAAGACCCCAUCACCGUGAUGAAGGCAACACCUCAGAUCCAGAAGCUGAUGACCGUGAUGAUCAGACAGCAUGAGACCCUGUUUCCUCUCUCCAAAGACGUGCUUCACUCCUUUCCCUCAAACAAGACUGAGACCCAGAAGAACACCCCCCGAAGCUUCGUGGGCUGGGAGUCUGCAGAGAUGGCUGAUGCGUCUUUAUCCGAGUCUCCAGAAGAAGAAGAGGACUUUGACAGUCUAGGACCUAACAGAGAGAACUGCAGCCCCCAAACCAUCCUUCCAGAGCCUUUCUCACUUUCCCCAGAUGGCUUGUUUGAAAGUCCUCGCAAACGCACCCAGACCCUGCCCACUUUCAAUUGCCCUCUCUCAGGGAUGGUAGCUAAGGCUGAUGCUCUCAACCGGUGGAGUCGCAUCCAGGAGGAGGAGAAGAGCGGGACAUUGUCAGAGGACAUUUUUAAGAUUCUGGACCUCCGGGGUUCAGGAUCAUUGUUUGGUAGUUCUCAGAUGAGCAACAAGGAGGGGGAGGAUAGGUUUACAUUCCGCAGAGGGAGUGACAACACAGGUUCUUCAACAGCUGGUGCCCAGAAACCUGACAGUGACACCUGCCCUGCCCGGGUGCUGUCCCAUCAGGUCAACAGCAAGUCUGAAAAGAAGACAGACAACCAGCAGCUUGUAGACAGUCUGCAGAAGGAGAACGAGGAACUGAAGGCCACAGUAGCAGAGCUCAGGUCUGCUCUGGAGGCAGACUGCCGCCAUGUGGCCGCUCUGGAGAUUUGCCUGAAAAUUGCAGAGCGGAAUCGAGAUGAGGCUCAGAGACGCAAUGAGGAGCUGCAGAGAGAAAUUCAGCAGUUGCUCACUAGAAAGCCACAUGCUCCCACCUAAAGAUCAUUUACAAACUCACUAGUAUAUGGCUUUAUAAGCCCACUGAACUCAACAAAGCUAAUUUUACAGGAGCUGAUUAUGGAAAAUACUAUCACCUUCCAGUGUGAUAGAACCGAAUAGUUUCCAUCUGAGCUCUGUUUAGUCCUGAAGAUAAAUUAUGGGCUCAUGUAUUUCUGUCUGUGAGAAAAGUCUGUUAAUAAGAGCUCUAAACAGGCUUCGCAUUAAAGACUUUAUUUACAGCAUGAGCUUGUUGCUUCUCAUGAGAGAGCUGUCACUGUGUAUGGACUUCUUUGAUCUGGUGUAGCUAUUAUGCAGUACAUAAAGAAAAGGAAAUGCCAGACUAGAAAAAUGGAUUAAUUCAUUUGGAAACUUGGAAAUGGUAGAAAAGAGUUUCCACAGAAAUGCAAGGCUGGACCACCUGGGUGAUUUUGGGUCACACUGUUUCGUGACAGAACAACUGGACAGUGUAAUGUUAAUGGUGGACAAAUACAAACAGUGUGUGUCAGAUGAAGUAAAUAGC